AUGUAUCGGAGCCUUGUUGGAGGGCUAUUAUAUCUUGCCGUUACCGCUAGACCUGAUAUAGCUGCAUGUACUGCAAUUCUCGGACGCAAAUUCAGCGCUCCGGGUGAAGCAGAUUGGACCGCUGCGAAACGAGUUCUACGCUACCUGAAGGCAACAGCUGACUACAGUCUGCAACUAGGAGGAGAACCGGAUAAGACGCUAAUUGGUUACUCAGACUCUGACUGGGCAGGAGAUGUCGUUAGCCGAAAAUCAACAUCCGGGUUUGUGUUUUUGUUCGGAGGUGGAGUGAUUUCCUGGGCUAGUCGCCGCCAGACGUCCGUCACGCUCUCGUCAAUGGAGGCAGAGUACGUAGCGCUCAGCGAAGCUUGCCAAGAGAUCGUUUGGUUGAGGAAGCUUUUUCGUGAUUUUGGUGAAGAACAGAAGGAUCCAACCGUCAUGAACGAGGACAAUCAGGGAUGUCUUGCGUUUGUAAAGUCAGAGCGUUUGAGUCGACGAUCGAAGCACAUCGAUACAAGGGAGAAUUUCGUUAAAGAUUUGUGCGAUAAGAAGGAAAUAGUUGUGUUGUACUGUCCAACAGAUCUAAUGGUUGCCGAUGGAAUGACAAAACCCCUCGGACCUUUGAAACAUAGGAAGUUUUGUGAAAUGAUAGGGUUGUCAGUGAAUCAGGCGAUCACUGAGGAGGAGUGUGGAGAAAAACAGUGA